AUGGGCAAGGAGUGGGCUGUAUUGGCCAGGCAUACUAGUGCUGUGGAACUGGGUGCAGAGAAGGAGGCCGUGAAGGAGGCGAGGAAGAGGUUUACCUCUUGCAGCGUGGCCUUUCUGAGUCCCCAGGAGGCUUUGCACGUGUCCUUUAGCUUGACCUGGGAUGUGAAGAUCCUUGGUAAUUUUCUAACUGAGUUAUGUCUCUUCUGCAGGUCCUCUGGAUUUGUUUGCUGCCCAGGAUGGAGACAGCAAGAGGAGGAGUGCCCGAUAGCCGUCUGCGAGGGCAACUUCACCUGUACCAACAACGAGGUGUGUGUGAGGCCCAACGAGUGUCGCUGUCGCCAUGGCUAUUUUGGGGCCAACUGCGAAACCAAGUGUCCCCGCCUCUUUUGGGGCCCGGAUUGCAAAGAGCUGUGCAAUUGCUAUCCCAACGGGCAGUGUGAGGACGUGACGGGCCAAUGCACGUGUAAUGCCAACCGCUGGGGCCCCCGGUGCGAGAACGUCUGCCUGUGCAAACACGGCAAGUGUGACCAGAAGACGGGCAAGUGCUCCUGUGAGCCGAACUGGUGGGGCCCCCUGUGUGCCAACGCCUGCUACUGCAGCCUCAACUCACAGUGCGACCAGAAGACCGGCCACUGCCUCUGCCAGCCAGGCUGGUGGGGCCGCACCUGCAACAACCAGUGUGCCUGCAGCACCUCACCCUGCGAGCAGUUCACGGGGCGUUGCCAGUGCCGCAGCCGCACCUUUGGCCCCCGCUGCGACCGCUACUGCCAGUGUCAUAUGGGGAAGUGCAACCAGGUAGACGGGACCUGCACCUGCGAGCCAGGCUACCGGGGCAAGUUCUGCCGCGAGGCCUGUCCGGCCGGCUUCUAUGGACAAGGCUGCAGGCGACGGUGCGGUCAGUGCAAGGAGCUGCAGCCGUGUACAAUUGUGGAUGGCCGUUGCCUGGCCUGUGAAGCUGGUUGGAAUGGCACCAAAUGUGACCAGAUCUGCUCUUCGGGCUUUUACGGGGAGGGCUGUGAGCAGAUCUGCCCCCCCUGUAAGGAUGGCCACACCUGCAACCAUAUCAACGGGAAGUGUUCUCACUGCAACCCGGGCUGGAUUGGAGACAGGUGCGAGACCAAAUGCCGCAACGGGACUUACGGCGAGAACUGUGCCUUCGUCUGCAGCAGCUGUUUUAACGGGGAGUGCCACUUUGAGACCGGGAGGUGCCUCUGCCAAGCCGGGUUCCACGGCAUGUUGUAA